AUGGCUUUCACACCUUCCUCAUCGUCAGCUGCUCCAGAUCCGCACGCCUCAAUGUCUCCUCCACAGAAGACGCUCUUCCCUGCUUACUAUCCGGACUUGGAUGACUUUCCUCCCCUCAAACCUGUGUAUCCACCUCAAGUUAUCAAGAUGCCGGUCCAACCAUCCCCUGAUGACAGCAACGCAGCCAAGGAUGUGAGAAUUAGCGAGAUGCUUGCGAGAUUGAAGGUCUCUGGCCGUCAGAUUCCCGAAGCUGAAGCCGGAGAGCAUGUCCCUACUGGCAAUGACAAAUCACGUAUCUCUAUCCCAAAUCGCGUCACCGCCCCCCCAAAUCUUCCUGUUGCUCCAGAACCCCUGGUCAACCUUAACGAUCGCGACUUCAUCAGUUACCUUCCUUCCACCAAGACCACCCUGAAAGAUUUGCAAGUCUUGUGGCCAGCAAGAGUUGAGGUUUCGUCGGCUGGUCUUCGUGAAAUCCUGCAAAAGAACGAGGCUCUCGAGAAGGAACUGUCUGAAAUUCGACCACAGCUCAAGCGGCUUAAAGGUGAGGCUGAGAACUACAUGUGCCUAUCGGACGACUACGUCUUUCUUCAACAAGCAUUCGAUAAUUCGAAGAAUGACAACAAGCAGCUUCAAGAAAAUUACAACAAGCUCCAAGAUGAUCAUCGUUGUGUUUUGAUGCACAGCAAGGCUAAGACCGAUGUUUUGGUCGAAGUCACGGCUGAACUGUACGAGUUGCAAAAGGUGAAGAACGCGGCUGUGGACAAUGCUACAAGCAACAAUGGAUGUGGUGGCUGGGAUGCUGGAGACGUUGCUCCGACUGGUACAUGGGAGGCUGAGAGCGAUGCAAAUGGCAAUGGUUUGCGUGCUCAGGAUAGAAGCAAAGCAAACGGUUCUGGUUGGGGUGCUCAAGCUGGGGGCAAUGCAAAUGGUGAUGACUGGGGUGUUCAGGGAGGAGCGAAAGCAAAUGGCGAUGAUUGGGGUAUUGGAGAAGGCGCGGAGUAUGAUGACUGGGGCAGCCGUCAAGAAGAUGCAGGAGAUCUUAGUAGAUGGAAUGCCGCAUCGAUGGCUGGAGAUGACUGGAGCACUGGACACGGAAGUUUCGAGCGGUCUGGCGACGACAUCAAUAAUCAGAUUGGCAAUGGUGUUGGUUGGAUUCAAAGUCACACCAUCGAUUGCAAACGCUUCCGCUGA